AUGCAGUCUCGUAACGAGGCUCACAGCCAGCACGAGUCGUACCCGGUACACAACAAGGACGCCCGGUACAAGAGCCUGCCUUCCCUCCGCGGCCGUCUCGACCAGUUUGUCGGAGGCCACUUUGCCAAGGUCAACCUCUCUGCCCUCCUCUUUGCCCACCGCAUCGAUGACAAGGAGCACGUCAAGAUAGAGGUCUGGUCCGCCCCAGGCCUCACCAAGCCGACGUUUGAGGAGGCCAAGCGCCAAACAUACAAGCCAGCCAAGAAGGGCCAGGAGUUUGGCCCCAGCUGGACCAACCACUGGUUCAAGGUCACGCUGCACUUCCCCAAGGAGCUCGAGCACUAUGAGCGCGUUCAACUCGAGUUUGACUGCUCGGGAGAGGCCAUGGUGUUUGACACAAACGGCAACGUGUACCAUGGACUCACUGGCGGGUUCAGUAUUGAUCGCCGUGUCGAGUUUAUCAUCCCCGAAGCCCACCGCAAGGCUGGCGUAGGCCACUAUUAUAUCGAGGCCAGCUGCAAUGCCAUGUUUGGUCAGAAUGGCGAGAACCCACCCGACCCAAACAGGUACUAUAAGCUUAACAGCUGCGACAUUGUUGCUCCCAACAUGGAGGCCUGGCGUCUCAUGUGGGACCACGACACACUGAAGCAGAUCUAUCAGCAGCUGCCCCAAGACUCUAGCCUCGGCAACCGCGCCAAGUGGGCGGCCAACGAGAUCAUGAACGUGUUCCAGGAAGGCGACCUGGACAGUGUUAAAGCAGCUCGCAAGACUGCCGAGAAGGUCCUCGGCGAAGACUGGGAGAAGAAGAUCCAGGAGGAGAGCGAGGACGCCGACAAGGAACAGGGCACGCUUUGGGGUGUUGGCCACUGCCACAUUGACACGGCUUGGCUGUGGCCCUUCAGCGUCACGCAGCAAAAGUCGGCUCGUUCGUGGAGUACCCAAAUCGACCUCAUGGACAGGUACCCCGAGCACCGGUUCAGUGCCACCCAGGCCCAGCAGUUCAAGUGGGUCGAACAGCAGUACCCCUCGCUCUUCCAGCGUAUCCGCGCCAAGGUCGCCGAGGGCACCUUCCAGCCUCUUGGAUGCACCUGGGUCGAGAUGGACACCAACAUGCCUUCCGGUGAAGCCCUCGUUCGCCAGUUCCUCUACGGCCAGCGCUACUACGAGAGCCGCUUUGGAUCGCGCUCCAAGACGUUUGUCCUCCCCGACACUUUUGGCUAUGCGAGCCAGCUCCCGCAGAUCUCGCGUCUUGCCGGCGCCGGCAAUUUCUUCACUCAGAAACUCUCGUGGAACUCCAUCAACUCGUUCCCGCACAACACGUUCAACUGGGUCGGUUUGGACGGCACCCAGGUGCUGGCCCACAUGACGCCCGUGAACAACUACAACAGCCAGUGCAACAUUGACGAUAUUCGUCGCGGUAUGACCAAUAACAAAAACCUUGAGGUCACUUCCAACGCACUCCUGCUCUUUGGUAACGGUGACGGUGGUGGCGGUCCCACACCUCCCAUGCUGGAGAAACUCCGUCGCGCUCGAGCCGCUGGCAAGCGCCACGAUGCCGGUGGUCAGCUCCCACUCGUCAAGAUGGGUGGUUCCUUUGAACAGUGCUACGACGCUAUCCGCAAAGAGACUGACAACGGCCGUCUUCUCCCCAUCUGGCGUGGCGAGCUCUACUUUGAGCUUCACCGCGCCACGUACACCUCCCACGGCUCGAUCAAGAAGGGUAACCGCAAGGGCGAGAUUCUACUCCGUGAAGCCGAGUACGCGACUUCCAUGGCCAGCAUCCGUGACGCGUCGUACAAGUACCCCAAGGAGAAGAUUGACGCGGCAUGGGAGGACCUCUUGCUCUGCCAGUUCCACGACGUGCUUCCCGGCAGUUCGAUCCACAUGGUCUACGACGAUGCCGAGGAGAAGUAUGCCAAGUUGCACAAGUCGAUCUCCAAGGUCAUCGAGGACGCCUACUCGGUCCUCUACAAGGGCACCGUGCCCCUUGGCUCCAACGAGAAUGUCUCUGGCAAGCCGUUCAUUCUCGCUGUCAACACCCUCCCCGGCCAGCCCCGUCACGAGGUGGUCAAGGUUCCCCUCAAGGACCACUCUUGUGUGCGCACACACUCGGCACAGGUCGCCCGCGACGGCAAGCACGGUUACCUCCUGCUGGAAGCCGACGAAGGCGCUUUCGGUGUUCCCAAGGGCUUGUACGCGGAUGUUGGUCGUGCCACAGCCACUCAGGUCGGCGACGACGCCUUUGUCCUCGCCAAUGAGUCGAUCAAGAUGAAGAUUGAGGGCGGUCGCAUCACUAGCCUCGUGGACGUUGCUCUUGGCAAGGAACUUAUCCCCAAGGGCCAGACAGGUGGUAUGGUCAUCAUGGAGGACCACCCGAACUACUGGGACGCUUGGGAUGUCGACAACUUCCACCUCGAGAAGCAGACACACCUCAAGUUUGAGUCUGUUGCGAUCAAGGAGGCUGGCCCUCUUCGCGGCAGUCUUGCCGUCUCACUCAAGUACAAGAAGAGCACCAUUGAGUUUGAGGUCUCGCUCGACGCCGUGGGCGCGUCGCUCAAGCCCGGAUCGCGCAGCUUGCUCCGCUGGGACGCCAACAUUGACUGGCACGAGAAACACAUGUUCCUCAAGUUUGAGCUCCCGCUCGACAUUUACAGCGAUGUGGCCACGUAUGACACGCAGUUUGGUGUGCUCCAGCGCCCCACUCACCGCAACACGAGCUGGGAUGCGGCCAAGUUUGAGGUUUGUGCACACAAGUUUGCCGACCUGUCCGAGUACGGAUACGGUGUGGCCAUUCUCAACGACUGCAAGUAUGGCUACGCCACCGAGGGUAACGUCAUGCGCCUGUCGCUCCUCCGCGGCCCCACCAUGCCCGACCCCGAGACCGACAUGGGCCACCACAAGUUUUCGUUUGCCAUCUACCCGCACAUGGGCACGUUUACGGAGAGCGACGUUGUUGGCGUUGCGUACGCCUUCAACGCCCCCAUGCGUCUGCGUCUCGGUUCGGCGACGGCCGCCACGGCUGCGACGGGGACCCCGUUCGCCGUCCACGGUGCGCCCAACGUCAUCCUCGAGACGAUCAAGCGUGGCGAGGACGAUAUCCACGCCAAGGGCCACACACAGACGCUCGUUCUGCGUCUGUACGAGCAGUACGGCGGCCACGCCAACGCCACCCUUACGAUUGCCGGUCUCGACGUCAUCAAAGCGGAAGAGACCAACAUUCUCGAAGACCAUGUCAAGGAGCUCGCCCUCACCAACAGCGUCUCGAGCGACACCGAGGUCAAGCUCGGGUUCCACGGCUUUGAGAUCAAGACGGUGCGCCUUACGCUUGGCAAGGCCAGCAAGUCGGGCGACGGGUGGAUCAAGCUCUGA